UUUUCCGAACUGUAAACUAGUAAUUCUCUCUAUUAGUUUUGAUUCAUCAGUUUCUUGCAGAAGUCGGAACCUGAGAACUAUAGUUUCAUCUUCCGUUUUUUCUCCUCGAUUUAAUACUGCAUCCUGCUUCUUGUCAACUACUUAACCGAGGAUGAGUGCUCGCACACUCGCUUGCAAGGCUACGAUCUUAAAGACUGUGGAUUUCGUCCAGGUAUAGAGCUGGUUUUGAGAUAUGAUCGAUGAGGAAAAAAGGGAUCUUUUGUGGAGACUAUCGAACUUUCGCCAACAGGGUUUUUGCAUUUCUCUGCGUCUUACAUGCUUCUCGUCGUUUUUCUUUUCUUCUCUCCUGGGCAGGUCCGAAAUCGAGCAGCAUUCCUCGUUUCAAUCUAUUCGGAAAAAUCAAACUCAUUUAAAUCUGUGGUUUUUGGUAGAGAAGAAUUCAUUGUUUGAUUUUUGCGGAGCUAUCACACGGAGAAGGAAAUCCUCAACGCUUUUUCACUCAAUGAAAAUCCAAUGCUGGGACAUAGGCGCAGCACAAAGGCAUUGAAUAUUCUCCUAACGUCAUAUGCCCAAAGCGGGAAUCUCCAGUGGUCCAAAUCCCUCUUUGAUUCCAUGGAGCUCCGUAACGAGGUAUCCUGGAACUCUAUGAUCACAGCAUACGCGAAGCUAGGUUUCUUAGACACCGCCAGAGAGUUUCUGGACAAGAUGCCCCAGAGAGACUCGGUGUCUUGGAACUCCCUCCUUGCGGCAUUUGCCUGGAAAGGGCAAAUGGAGAAUGCAAUGUGGCUGUUUGAUCAGAUCCCCGACCCGAGCGUCGCGUCUUGGAACGCUCUGAUCCUCGCCUUCUCGCAUGGCAGCUGCGUCGAUCACGCGGAGCAAGCGUUUCUAUCGAUGCCAGGGCGAAAUAUCGUCUCCUGGACGACGAUGAUCACGGCAUUCGCCAGCGCUGGCCGGAUGGAAACGGCCGCUGAUAUGUUCUUGAGGAUGCCCGCGCAGGAUCUCGUGUCCUGGAACUCGAUCUUCCAGGCCUAUGCCGUCACCGGGGAUUUCGACCGCGCCAGCGCCAUCUUCCACUCGAUGCCGGAGCGCAGCACUGUUUCCUGGACGGCGAUGAUGGAUCUUGUCGCAAAGAGCGCGUUGCCGGAGCUGGCCAUGGAGAUUUUCGACGCGAUGCCGCAGCGAAAUCCCGCCGCCUGGAACGCGAUCGUCGCGGCGCUGGCGGGCGGUGGCAGGAUCGAUCGAGCGGAGGGGAUUAUCGAGCGAAUGCCGCAGCAGGGAGCCGCGCCCUGGACCUGUGUCAUCGUCGCAACUGCGCUGUCCAGCCGAUUGAUCCGCGCCAAGGAGCUCUUCGAUGCAUUGCCGUGCCGGGAUCUUGUUUGCUGGGCGGCGAUGAUCCCCUCAUUCGCUCACCACGGCCGCGUGGAAUCCGCCAGGAACACACACGCGCGGAUGCCCCAGUGGAAUAUCGUGGCGUGGAAGGCGAUGCUCUCGGUAUAUGCUCUAGCCGGACGCGUGGCGCAAGCCCAGUGGGUGUUCAAUCAGAUGCCCGUACGGGACGCGGUGGCCGAGACCACGCUGGUCCAAGCAUAUCUCCGCCAUGGCGACGCGUACGGCGCGGAGAGGAUAUUCGAGGGGAUCAAGGAGCGUGCGCCGACAGUGUGUUGGAAUAUGAUGCUAGCGGCAUUAGCCGAGAGGGGAGAUAUGCACAAAGCCAAAGAUUUGUUUGAUGAGAUGAGAGAUAGAAACAUUGUGUCGUGGAACACCAUGAUCGCAGGAUUUGGCGAGAGUAAGUCGUGGGAAGAGGCGGUGAAUUUCUUCUCUCGAAUGCCUCACAGAGACGCGGCUGCCGCAAACGCAAUGAUCGUCGCAAGUGCCGCGAAUGGGCAUUUUGACACGGCGGAGCGGCUCUUUUCCGGGCUCCAGUUUCGCCACGAUCUCACCUCCUGGAACGCGAUGAUCGAGGGAUAUGCGCGCAAUGGCCGGGUGGAUCUUUGCGUGAGCGCUUUGCGAGCGAUGGAGCUCGAGGGAUGGAGCCCUAGCGGCGCAAGCUACCUGAGUGCGUUGGCGGCAUUUGCCCACGCCGGGCUUGUGGAGGAGGCGGCGCAGUGUGUGGCGUCGAUGCAAGGGGAUGGGGGCAUUCAGGCCAGCCGCGAGCACUUCAAUCGAUACGUGGACGUGCUUGCGAGGGCAGGGCGUGUCGAGGAGGCCAUGGAGCUUGCUGCAACAAUGCCUUUCGUGGCCGAUGAAGUAUCACUAAGUGCGCUCUUUUUGAAUAUUUAA